AUGCGUGCAAGUGGAAAACUUAAGUUGUACGUCGUUGUUGGGCGUAAAAACCCAACCGAGAAGGAGCCGAAGCCCGUUCCUUAUCGUAUGCGCAUUUUUGCGCCUGAUUCGGUUACUGCCAAGUCCCGUUUCUGGUACUUCAUUCGCCAAUUGAAAAAGAUGAAGAAAGGUUCCGGUGAAAUCGUUUCAUGUAAAAGAAUUUACCCAAAGAAGCCUUUGGUUGUCAGGAACUAUGGUAUUUGGAUUCGUUAUGAUUCCAGAUCUGGUACUCACAAUAUGUACAAAGAGUACCGCGAUAUGACUGAGGAAGGUGCUGUCACUCAACUUUAUCGUGAGAUGGGUGCCCGUCAUCGUGCUCGCGCAACCUCCAUCCAGGUUAUUAAGGUUGAAGUGGUACCCGACGAGAAGUGCCGUCGUCCGCAUGUUAAGCAGUUCCAUGAUAAAAACCUUAAGUUCCCACUUCCUCAUCGCGUCAACAGGCAACUGCACACUCCUCGUUUCACAACGACACGUCCUCUUACUACUUUCUAA